UUACCAAACACGGCAUUGAACUUCAUCUAUGCAGAUUUUUCUAGUCAACAAUGAUCAGCAUCUGCACAACAGCAUAAUAGAGCUUGAUUUAUACUUGAUUUAAGAAUCAAAUUCUUAUAUAAAACCUUAUAAAUAAAAACUGUAAUCCCUCAGUCACUCUUUUGCAAUGGAAAAGCCUUUAUCUAGCAUGUUUUCUUUCUAUAUAGCUGUAUUUUCCUUAUUGUUAUCUCCUAUUGCUGCACAAACUAAGAGCAGUAUAACAAUAGGUGAAUCACUCACAGCUACUAAGAAUAGCAAAUCAUGGGUUUCACCUUUGGGUGAUUUCGCCUUUGGUUUUCAUCUAUAUUCCAAUACCAGCAAUCUCUUCUUGCUUGCCAUUUGGUACGCGAAAAUCCCAGAAACAGUUGUUUGGUAUGCAAAUGGAGGGAAUCCUAUUGCGGAAAAAUCAACAGUAACAUUAACUGCUGAUGUAGGUUUAGUCUUGAAUGAUCCAAAAGGUAUCCACCUAUGGAAUACUUCCAGUGAGUGGAAUGGAACCUUUGUUGUGAGCCGCGGUUUAAUGGAUGAUUCGGGAAAUUUUAUCCUUAGGAGCAAGGAUGAUAAAUCCGUUUGGCAGAGUUUUGACCAUCCUACUGAUACAUUGUUGCCUUCUCAGACUAUGACAAAAGGCGGGGUGCUUGAUUCUCGGCUUUCAGAAAGUAAUUACACUAAGGGACGGUUCCAGCUCCGGUUGCAGUACGAUGGAAACAUGGUCCUUAAUACAUGGGACGUUCCUAGUGGCUUUCAGUAUCCUCCUUAUUAUGCUACUGGCACAUAUGAAUCUCCUAAUCAAGGUUUCCAAUUGAGGUAUAAUGAAUCGGGUCAUAUGUACCUUUUGGCAAAGAAUGGUACAGUUCUGAAUGAUUUAAUCCCAGCAGACAAGAUUGCUUUACCUGGGGACAGUUAUCUGAGAGCAACCCUGAAUUUUUAUGGGGUUUUUACAUGGUAUUUUCACCCAAAAACAUUCACAAAGAAUAAUGAUGUUGGCUGGUCUAAAAUUUACUCAAUACCAGAUAAUAUGAACAUCUGUGAUAGAAGUGUAAAGGAUGGUGAAUCUGGAGUAUGUGGAUUUAACAAUAUUUGCACCUAUGAUGACAAUAAUAAUAUGCCAAGAUGUCAAUGCCCAUCACAUUAUUCUUUGCUAAAUCCCGAUGAUGAAUAUGGUCAUUGUAAACCGGAUUUUGAGCUGGAAUAUUGUGACGAGGAGCAAAGUUCAGCUCAAAAGGGUGGAUAUGAACUAAUUCCACUUCAGAGCACUGAUUGGCCAUUUGAUGAUUAUCAACAGCAUGCAGGUUAUAGUGAAAGAGACUGCAAGAGUUCUUGUCUUGAAGAUUGCUUCUGUGCAGCCGUCAUUUUUAAUAGCGCGAAUGUAGGAGGAAGUGACCCGAGCUGUUAUAAGAAGAAGCUUCCGUUGUCCAAUGGAAAACAAGACAAUUCAGUCAGUAGAACAGCCUGGCUGAAAGUAAGAAACGGGACUAAUUCCACUGAUCAGCUUAUAUCCAUAGUGAAAAACAAGGUGAAUCCUGAAAUUGUUGUAAUAUUAGGGGGUUCAGUAUUCUUCAAUUUUUGUUUAUUAACUGCCCUGGUAUUAGGAAUUUUCUUCAUCUACAACAAAAAGGGUAAUAUAAAACUAAAAAAUGUCGAAGAUUAUAAUAAUGUUCUAUGCUUUAGCUACAAAGCGCUUGAAGAAGCAACAAAUGGGUUCAGUGAAGAGUUAGGAAGAGGGGCUUUUGGUGUGGUUUACAAGGGUCAGAUAACAGCAGGAAAUUUCUCUAAUCAUGUAGCAGUAAAGAAGUUGAAUUUGGUUACUGAAGAUAUCGAUAAAGAGUUCAGAACUGAAAUGAAUGUGAUAGGAAAAACCCAUCAUAAGAAUCUUGUUCAUCUUGUAGGAUUCUGCAAGGAGGAAGAUCAGAGGUUGUUAGUAUAUGAAUACAUGAGCAAUGGCACCUUAGCAGAUUAUCUUUUUGGUGAUUCGCGACCACAUUGGUCAGAAAGGGUUCAAAUAUCUCUAGGAAUAGCAGGGGGAUUGCAGUAUUUGCACGAGGAAUGUAGCACACAGAUCAUCCAUUGUGAUAUAAAGCCCCAGAACAUACUUCUUGACGAAUAUCAAAAUGCCCGUAUUGGUGACUUUGGGUUGGCAAAACUUCUGGUUUUGAACCAAACCCAUACAAAUACCGCAAUCAGAGGUACAAAAGGGUAUGUAGCCCCUGAAUGGUUUAGGAACAAACCAGUCACGGUGAAGGUAGAUGUGUACAGUUUCGGGGUUAUCUUGUUGGAGAUCAUAUGCUGUCGAAAAAAUGUGUGCAUGGAACUCUUAGAGGAAGAAGGUGCAAUUUUGACAGAUUGGGUAUUUGAUUGCUACCAAACUAACUCGUUAGAAUCUUUGGUUAAAGAAGACGAGGAAGCACUUGAUGACAUGCUACGACUAAAGAGGUUCGUAAUGGUUGGCCUUUGGUGUAUCCAGGAAGACCCAAGCCUUCGGCCUAAAAUGAGAAUGGUUGUGCAGAUGCUUGAAGGCCUUGCUGAUGUGCCUGUCCCGCCAUGUCCCUCAUUUGCAGUAUCUAAAACUUGAUUCUUCAGUUGUUUUCUUUCUUUCCAUGUGUACUUUUCAUAACAGUAUAAUAUUAUCAAGAUUAUAAAGCAUACAAAUGGUGCUUCUGGGGACAACCUUUUUAGAGGAAUUUACCCAAUAAGAUAGAUGGUUUUAUUUGCAUCAACAUAGGCAAAAUUCAAUUUCUGAAUACGGGAAACAGAAUUUAGAAAAACGUCUACAAUUUUGUAGUACCUUUUAUAUGAAAUUGGAAGCAUUUAAAGAUUGUAAUUUUUAAUUUAUAACAAUAUGUA